AAAUCCAAGCCAAGUGCCAGGCCGCAAAACCGAAAUAUGGCUGGUUCGCAAUUUUCGUGCUGGAUUAGCUUACCAAUUUCCCCGUGAUUCUCCUGAAAGGAAGUAGGAGGGACGCUCGUGACUCUUCGGGACGUCUAAUUGACUUCUCGGCUAUCUCCUCAUUUAUUUUUCCCCGGUUUUAUUUAUUAGGGAUCGUAGCAUCCGGUCUAAUUUCGGUCCUUCGGUGGCAGCUGAGGAGCGAUCAUGUUCGUGAAGCAAUUCAGGAUCAAGUCGAAUGUUCGACUCAAGAAUUCUGACCGAAAGAAGCUACGGUCCCAGAUCGAGGCUCAGUUCCCGCAGCUCUCUGCCGUCGAACUCGACGCGCUCUGCCCUCCGAAGGAAGACCUCUUCCAGCUCAAACUCAUGUGCCACGCCGGAGACGCCGUCAUCGCCUACUGCCUUGCCAACGAACCCAUGUUCUUCGAGCAAGACGACGGCCUCUUACCCACCGUCUAUGCACUCUGGUGCGUCCCGUCGCUGCUCCCCUACCUCACCACCUGGGACGCAGUGCUGGAGCGGCUCUCCGGUGGCGCCGACCUGAUGGCUCCUGGCAUCGGAGCCUACAGUGAGGACUUUGUCCGGGCAAGGCCCGGCGAUCCGAUCGCGGUGCGGCUGUCCAACUCCGGCGAGUUCGCGGUGGCCGUCGGAUCGCUGCUCGUCGCUCCGGAAAGUCUGAUGGGUCCGCAGCGACGCGGCAAAGCCGUCGCCGUGGCGCACGUCUACGGGGAUUACCUCUGGGCGCACGGGAGCAAGCGGACUUUGCCGAAGAGCGAGCGAUCCACAGAAGAGGGCGAGGAGGAGGGCUGUGGCUCCGGAGAGGAGGCGGAGUCACCUUGCCCGACAGAGGGUUCGGACACUUCGAAGCUUGCGGAGAGUUUGAGAACGGACACUACCCUGACGGACUUUGUGCCCGAGGCGGCCAAGACGCCCGAGGUUGCCGAGGCGCCCGUGGACUCGGUGGAGGCCAUGGAUGUUCUCCUGGAGAGCUGCAUGCUGUCGGCACUGCGUUCCAAGCUGGCCCUCCCCGUGCUGGCGAGCACCCUGUACAGCACCCACGUCCUUCCCCGCUGUCCCCCAGGACGCUUCCUGGACCUCAAGAGGACAUCCCACAAGAAGCUGUCCUCCUACCUGGCACACCUCCAAAACGAAGGACUGCUGGUGGUGCGAGAGUCCAGCCCCGGGGUGCAGAGCAUCGUCUCGGUGCAGAGGGAACACCCGCGGCUCCGCACGGGUUGUAACCUCGCGCUUCCGGAGCCUGCUCCGGACUCGCAGGAAGAGGCCGGCUACACCUUUCCCCAAGUGCGCGAGCUCAGGACGGUCACGGCAGCCGUGAAGCCCCUCUUUCCCAAAUGCAGCAAAGGGGAUGCCUUGGCACCUGAAGAUGUGCGGGCGGUCUUGCGGAACUACGUCAAAGAGAACGAACUCCAGGAUCCGACAGAUAAGAGGAUGGUGCAGAUGGACCCGACGUUGUCGGACGUUGCGGGGACGUCGGAACUGCGUCUCAGCUGGGAAGAGCUCGGCAGCCGGGUCAUGUCGCGCAUGCAGUUUGCGCACGAGGUGCGCCUGCCAGGGCGGGAGCCCGUCGUGCACCGGGGCGCCCUGGCACCCAUCGCCAUCACGGUGGCGCAGCGAACGGGAAACAAGAAGGUCACCCUAGUCGAGGGACUCGAGACUUACGGCAUCGACCCCCAGCGUCUCGCGCACGAGGUCCAGGUGGGUGUCGCGGCGAGCACGUCGCUGACCCCGGUGAGUCGCGGGGGCAACAAGCAGGUGUUGCAGCUGCUCGUUCAGGGAAACCAGGUGGUGUUCCUCGAGCGGCUGCUCACGGGGCCCUCGUACGGCGUUCCCAGACGCCUCCUCAAGGGACUCGAGAACGCGCCCACCAAGAAGAAGCAGAAGGCGCACAAGUGACCCCGCCGCCCCCCCACACCGUGCCCGACGCCCUCCCGACGUUUUGACCAUCGAAAAUAUUAAACCCAAUGACUACCGUG